AUGACAAAGCUGAGUUCGCCCAUACACCGAACCAACAAGGUUGUACUUCCAUCGCCUUUCCAACUUACUAAAGUUACUGGACUUCUUCAGGAGCAGAAUGUCGACACGGUCAGCUUGCAUGACAUCCUGGGAGACCCUCUAAUCAAACAAGCAUGGAUCUUCAAUUUCUGUUUCGAUGUGAACUGGACUAUGCAGCAUUUCGAUCCUGACGUGCGACAGCUUGUCGAUGUUAAAAUCGUGCAUGGAUCAUGGAGGAAAGAAGAUGGAAAUAGGCUGGCUAUCAAAGAGCACCUCCAGAACUGGAAAAACGUGCAAGAGAUCCAAGCUUACAUGCCGGAUGCAUUUGGUACACAUCAUAGCAAAAUGAUCAUUCUUUUCAAGUACGACGAUACUGCUCAAGUCAUAAUCCACACAGCGAACAUGCUAGAGAAAGACUGGGAGCACAUGACGCAAGCUGUUUGGCGAUCACCACUUUUGCCGUUGCAGAGGACACCUGAGGACAAAGAGAAGCUCAGAUCCAGUCUCGUAGGAAGUGGUGCCAGGUUCAAGCAUGAUCUAUCACGAUAUAUUAGAGCAUAUGGGAGCAAGCUGAAAACGCUAGUGGAACAGUUGAGCAAAUACGACUUCAGCCAAGUAAGGGGCGCCCUCAUUGCCUCAGUGCCAUCGUACCAGAAGAGCUGCGAUUCGUUGGAAGAAGCUUGGGGUCAUCUGGCAUUGAGAAACGCACUGGCUGCAGUCAACAGUAAGAAAUCCACUGGCAGUGCUGAGAAUCCUCACCUCGUCAGUCAAGUCUCCUCUAUAGCUACCCUGCCUGCCAGCUGGCUUGACGAGACAAUAUACAAGGCUGCGAAUCUUUCUACGGCGUCCUCCAGAAUGCUCGAGCGAAGCCCAUUAAGCACAUCAAUUGUAUAUCCAACACCUUCUGAUCUUCGAAAUGCCUUGACAGGCUACGCAACAGGUGGCAGUAUCCACACCAAGGUUCAGUCUGCAGCUCAGCAGAAACAAGUGUCCCUACUCCGACCACAACUUCACAGAUGGCAAGGACACCAGUCUAACAUAGCAACACAUGCUGGUCGACAUCUAGUUCCGCCACACAUAAAAACCUAUAUCUGCUUUUCCGCUAAACCUACGAGCACAAGCCCAGCACCGGAUAUCAACUGGGCGCUAGUGACCAGCGCAAAUCUAAGUACGCAAGCCUGGGGUACGGUAGCGAGAUUACCCAAAGGUGUCAAGGAUCUAGGCCAGGCAGUGGUACACAUCCAAAGUUUCGAGAUUGGAGUAUUGGUCUGGCCGGAGCUGUUCUCAGACACGGGGGUAGAUUGCGAGAGCAGCAAAACGAGAAUGGUCCCAAUGUUCGGGAAGGACAUGCCAGAGGCAUCUCAGACUCUAUCAACGGAUUCAGAAGAGACAGUCAUCGGUAUGAGGAUGCCGUACGACUUGCCAUUAACUCCUUAUGAUCCUGAUGAGAUGCCGUGGAGUCCUUCGGCAACAUAUACUGAACCAGAUCGAUUAGGUCGGACAUGGGAUUAA